AUGUCGGCCACUGAACCCUUGUCCCAUUCGGGUCCCGAGGAAAAGGGAGACCAACCCACUCACGAGGAGCCCGAGAGCCCAACGCCCCCACCCGACCUGCCGGAGACGCAUCAUGGCCCCUCGAUCGAGAGCUUACAACAAACCGAGAUGAGCACCGAACCGCAUGCGGAGUCGCACACCCCUGCUGGAUUAGUCGAUGUUCAGACCGACCCAGCAGCAGAAUCUCUACCUGCAGUAGCAGCACCACCGGCUUGCGGGACAGGUCGAAGCGCUGUCAUUGUCGGUCCAGAUACCCGAGUCUGGGCUGUCCUUAACGACCAAUACUCCCCCCUCCCCCCGCCGCCCGAGAAAGACGAUUCAUACCUCAACUCGAAUCCAAACGCUCCUGUCACUACUCCACAGCCUAGCGCACCCAACUCCCGCCCAAGCUCCGAAAAGGAGCUACCAGACGUACCCGGUGAUAGCGAUCCCGAAACCAAUCAGACUAUUCGAAACAAUGGAGCUCGAGAUGAUAAUGACUCUCAACCGGAGAUUCAGAAUAUCAUGGGCCAGUUCCAGGACCCUACCCGAACCACCGGCCAGCAGGAGAUUAUGUCCCCUCGUCUAGAGCUGGCCGAACAAUUCCGCACGUCGCAGCACUUCCCGCCUCGCAGGUCGAGCCUCGAACCCGUACACUCUCCCGGCUCUGGACCUUCAAGGUCCGCCGCACCACAUACUGGGCAGACCGUACCUGGUCACCGACAUUCCGUCGGCCCCGAAGAGCUUACCUUGACCCGACAAUCAUCAGCCUCUACCAUCCCGCCUCCACCCGAGCCUGAACCCGACCAACCAUUCGAUUUCCACAGAUUCCUAGAGCAACUGCGUCACCGGACUGCUGAUCCGGUCGCCAAGUUCCUGCGCUCAUUCCUGACCGAGUUUGCAAAGAAGCAAUGGAUGGCGCACGAACAAGUCAAGAUUAUCAGCGACUUCUUGGCUUUCAUCACAAAUAAAAUGGCAAUGUGCGAAGUCUGGCGUGACGUGUCAGAUGCUGAGUUCGAUAAUGCGAAGGAAGGAAUGGAGAAGCUGGUGAUGAAUCGUCUGUAUUCGCAGACGUUUUCGCCGGCGAUCCCUGCUCCACCAACAAUUCCUAGAAGUACGAGCCGGAGUCGGAGGCGAGAGAUUGAGAGGCUUCAUGGGCCCUGGCGACGGGGCCAGCAUCAAGAGGAUAUAGAACGGGAUGAUAUCUUGGCGCAGAAGAUUCGCAUUUAUAGUUGGGUUAAGGAGGAGCAUCUGGAUAUCGCGCCUGUCAGUGGCAGUGGCCGACGGUUCCUGACUUUGGCUCAGCAAGAAUUGUUAAAGAUAAAUGGUUACCGCGCUCCCCGAGAUAAAGUGAUCUGCAUCCUGAACUGCUGCAAAGUGAUCUUUGGUCUUUUGAAGAAUAGCAGAAGCGCCGAUACGUCUGCUGAUUCAUUUGUUCCACUCCUGAUCUAUGUGGUAUUGCAUGCGAACCCGGGAAAUCUUGUUUCCAAUAUUCAAUACAUCCUGCGGUUCCGCAAUCAGGAAAAGCUUGGAGGAGAAGCAGGUUACUAUCUUUCCUCAUUAUCCGGAGCCAUCCAAUUCAUCGAGACCCUAGACCGCACGAGUCUUACGGUCAGCGAUGGAGAUUUCGAGCGCAACGUCGAGGCAGCCGUCUCCGCCAUUGCCGAACAAAAUCGUGAACACGAAUCCCUGGCUGAGAAGUCUCCGAUUCAACCCUCCACCCCCAACGGCCCAGCUCCACAAGCAGCUGGACCGAGUCGAAGAGAUGCCUCCCAGCCUAGUGAUGAUGACACCUCUGCCCCCGUUGCAGGCCUCCUCCGUACCAUCCAAAAACCUCUCUCCACUAUCGGUCGGAUAUUCUCGGACGACGGAGAUUUGAGCCCAGCUCCUGCUCAGGAUCGCCCCCUCCAGCCCGCAACAACUCCCCUACCAGGUGUCGCGCCCGCUCGCCUCACACCCAAUGUCUACCAACCUCCCCGCGCAAGUAACGAAGGUCGUCGAUCUGGUGAUGAGCGCCCGGCUCCACCUAGGGAUAAGACUGGUGGAGCUCAGAAGAAUCUAAGCCGUGUGCUGGAUGCCCAAGACGCAGCUGCCCGUCAGGCUAGCGCUGAAGAAGCCGAAGCACGCCGCAUCCAGCGUGCGGAGCAUAACAAUGUUGUCGAGACACUUUCGAACAUGUUCCCGAAUCUGGACCGCGAUGUUAUUGAUGAUGUGGUCAAUCAGAAGGAGGGGAGAGUCGGUCUCGCUGUCGACGCAUGCCUUGCUCUUAGCGCAGAGUAG